UUGAAAUGAGCCGGGUUUUUGCGACACACUGCAGUAGUGUGGUGCGUAUGCAAAACGGUCUUGUGGAAUGGCGUUUAACGAGAAACAAAUCCUGACGUGUUUUCUUUUUAUUUGGUUUAGCUUUAUUAAAGUUCGUGGUUUUGUGGUGUUUAAUGAGGAAAAAAGUCUUGAUUCAGCGGGCUCUUUUAAUAAGAAUGCACGGACAAGGGAGUCAUUUGAUCAAGGGCACGAGACGCCAAAAUCUGGAGCACAGGCUGGCCGCCUUCUCAUUUGGCAAGAUCAAGCUUCAAAAGCACAUGGUAGUGGUGGUGGGAGUGUCAGUUUUUCUCGGACCUCAAUUCUCACAGUCAAGCCGAUGACAACGCAUACCAAUCAGAUGAUUCAGGCUGGAUGAAGAUGCAGCCUCUUUGGGGACAGGUUUACGGUCUAAACACCAUGCACUCUCCAGCAGUAGAAAGGCUACUUGGAAUGAGACCCAAGGUGGAUUGUGUUGGAGAUUUGAUGAAAUUGACAGUUCAUGGACCAGAGGCUCCUUUUGGGUCCAACUUUCUUAUUGACAGAGGAAGCAUCCCACCACUUCCAUUGUCACAGUUGCCCUCGGAGUGUGGGCAUAGAUUUUUGAAAACAUGGAGAGACUUUGUUUUCGUUAUUCCAUAUGAUGGAUGUUACGUAAUGCAUGAGAGAGACACUUUUGUUCUUCCCUUACUCUGGUGGGGAUUGCCCGUGAAAGUGUCUUGUUCCUCACUGACGUCGGUGAAAAGUGCGCCAACUGUCUCCUGCUACACUAACGGCAUGAUUGUGAGGCUGCAUAGAGGAGUCUCUGAGAACCUGAAGAUUAAAGUAAUGAAUGAAUGGCAGCCUCUUCUGAAAGUGUCAGCUAGAUGUGGAUACAGCUUGGUGUCACAUCCAGAAGGUUUGGUCAUCCAUGCCCCAUAUAUGCCAUGCACAGAGCCAAAGGAUGGGAUGUUCACUCUGAGCUUGGCAAUGGAGAGCGAGUUUAAUCUGUCCUGCCCAGCACUGUCGCUUAGUCUUCCUAUAAGCACGCCUGCACGUGAAAAUGGUGCACUAACUUCUAUACCUCAUGCUCUGGCUUCAACAACACUUAUUCCCACCACAACUACUACUACUACUGUCUUGGAAAACCUGGACUUGCUGCUCCCUCCUCAGCAGGCUUUCCUCAAAUCCCGUACUGGGUUCAUCACUCCCAAACCCAACCAAGACCACCUGAACUGUAUGCUCCACCAAAACCAAAGCCUGAUCCACCUACACCUGCCCCUACAAGAAAGACAGGGCCACAGCUCCUCCGCUAUCCGUGGUACAAACCCUUCCCGCCGCCUCGUUCAGAAAUGA